AUGACUUUAAGACUUGAAGAUACCAUUGUCUUUCGAACACAUCGCGAUCACUGCUACAAACCCCACGAAGCGAGCGCAAGCAUCUGCACCCAACGAGCUUCCAGAGAUUUGGCUCGUUUGACAGCCCUUCUCUCCACUCAAACAGAAGACAUCUCCUCUUCGGAAGGAACGAAUUCUGGCCGUAAUUUUGAUGAUUCCAAUCGUUCUUCUUUCACUUCGGACUACGUGGCUUACAUUCAAGAGCAAAUAUCCGCUGUACACUGUGAUACCUAUGCCUAA